CUAGAAAAAAUAUCAUUAGAAUACAUCAUCUGGGAACCAUAAAAAUUAGUGCCCAAAUUUGAACCAAUCCAGUAAGAUAUCUCAAGAUCUACUAUGUAGGAGAUGUUGAGAUAUCUCGCUGAAUAAGUGAUAACUUAAAAGUCAAGAGAUCACGAAAGUCGGUAGGGUUCAUCUUCUGGGGACCAUGAAUGUUUGCACAGGACAUUAUGGUAAGUGUCGGACUGAUGGAUUUAGAAGAAAUUAGUGGCUAAAAGAGGAGCAGACACAAUCAGAACUAGAGAAAAAGGUCCCAGUUGAGAUGUUAAACAAUAAGAAUAAAAACAGGACACAAGUGAUUGUGAGUCACAAUGGUGAACAAUAGCAUCGUGGCCGAUGUGUCCGCUUGAUGAAUGGGUGUGUUUUGGCAGCACAGGAAGUCCCGUCUAUAUAAGGACUUUGUGGCCGACGCCCCAAACCCUAAUGAGCACAUGUGGAUGGCGUUCUCACCACAGCAGGGGGGGAGGUUUAGGACCAACCAGGAGCUGUGGCGUCACUACCAUCACCACCUCUGUCUCUUUAAAGAAACUAUUGAUGCGUUCUGGCAAAAAUAAAAAAAAAACACUGAUGUGUUUUUACAGGCAGCGGCAACGUCAUCAUCAUCAGAUUAAUCGAUUGUAAUCAGAGUCCUGUGUGUUUGUGAGCCUCAUUUAGUUCUGGUCUACCGACUGUCUGAUCUGAUAAACGUCCCGAGCAGAGCACCCUGCUGUUUUUGUACAUGAGAUUAGACACAUGAAGCACACUCUAAUGUGGUUUUAGUCAGUGAUUUUAUUAAAUUAUCUUGCGUUCAUCACUGGGAAACCUGCUCCCUUCUGUCCUGGAGGGAGGAGGAGUGAUGGGGUGAAAGGAGGAGUGAUGAGGGAGGGACAGUCCUGAAGAGCAAGGGUGAAGUUAGAGUAGCUACAGAUAGACAGAUAGCAGCAGAGAGAGAGAGAGAGACAGGCAAAGUGAAUAAAUCUGUGCUGUCAACUUGGGACAGAAGAUAGUGAGGAAGUGUGAAUUCUGGAAGAUGUUACUAUAACUUUUUUGGGGGGGAUUUAAUUGAAUUUUUUAAUCAGGUUUUUCCACCAGAUGUUUUUUUUUUUUUGCUUUCUGGUGUGUUUUCAUCAAUUUAUCUGCAGAGUGCUUCCCAUCACCUGAAAGAUAGGUUUGUGUGAGUGUGUGUGAUAGUGCAGCAAGUCAUGGAACUGGAGCGUUUAGGUGGCGGCGGGGUUAAACCCGAGAGGGGCAACACUCGUCUCUACAGGAUAGCACUGGCCAUGUGUGUGUGUCUCUGUGCCGCUCUGCUUCUUGCACUCAUACUGGUGUCUCAGAAGUCUAGUCAGGAGGAGUUCUGUCUGACCCCAGAAUGCAUCGAAGCAGCGGGGUCUGUCCUGAGUAAAAUGGAUCAGUCCAUUAACCCCUGCGAGGACUUCUAUAGUUACGCUUGUGGCGGUUGGUUAAAGGAUAACCCGAUUCCUGAAGAUUCGUCCUCGUAUGGCAUCUACCCCUGGCUGAGGCAGCAUGUAGACAUCCGGCUGAAAGAGUUACUAGAAGCUCCUAUGGAUCCUAAUGAACUGGAGGCAGUGACCAAGGCUAAAAUCGUCUACCGCUCCUGUAUGAAUGAAAGUAUACUGGAAAAGUUGGACUCCAAACCAAUGCUGAAAACACUUAAACAGCCUGAGUUUCGGUGGCCUGUCGUGGGGGAUGGGCUUGGCGGCGAGUAUCAGUGGUCAGAGGGGCAGUGGAACCUCUUGAAGACUCUGGCAGAGAUGAGGAAUCAGCACAGUAAGAGCGUCCUGAUUCGCCUGUACGUCUCCCCCGAUGACAAAAACUCCUCACAAUACAUCAUCAAGCUCGAUCAGGCGUCCUUGUCUCUGCCCUCCAGGGAAGACUACAUCACCAACACUUCCUCUGCCCAGGCGUACCGAGCAGCCUUGCUGAGUUUGAUGGUUGAUAUAGCCGUCAUGCUGGGCGCUCCAGAGAAAGCAGCGCUGACCCAGAUGGAAAAGGCUCUCGCCUUCGAGACCAAACUGGCUCAUAUCUUGAUUCCCUAUGAGAACCGCACCAGUGAGAACAUGUACAACAGAUUCACGCUGUCUCGCCUGCAGCGCACCAUACCACAGUUUGACUGGCUGGGUUUUGUAAGAGCUGUGGUGGAGUCUAAAGCCGAGCCGCCUCGGUCCAUCCCCUCCUCUGAGCCCGUCAUCGUCAGAGUUCCGCAGUACUUCAAGGAACUUUUCAAGCUCAUUAACAACACAGAUCCCAGGACUGUGGCUAACUACGUACAGUGGAGGACAGUUUUUUCCAGGAUCACCGCUCUGAGCCGUCGUUUCCUUUACAGAUUCCUGGACUUUAUUCGGGUAACCUCGGGAACCACCUCUCUGACCCCGCGCUGGGACAAGUGUGUUAACUACGUUGAAAACUCGCUUGUUUAUGCCACCGGGCGCCUCUUUGUCGACACACACUUCCAGGAGGACAAGAAACACAUGAUGGAGGAGCUGAUCGGGGGCAUUCGCUGGGCGUUCAUCGACAUGCUGGAGAAGGAGAACGACUGGAUGGAUGACCCAACAAAGAAAAGAGCUGUGGAGAAGGCUCAUGCAGUCCUGGCUAAGGUCGGCUACCCCGAGUUUAUCCUGAACGACACCUUCCUCAACGAAGAUAUAAAGCAGCUACAGUUCAGCGAUAAGGACUAUUACGGGAACGUCAUGCAGACGCUGAAGUUCAUCGCCCAGUCUGAUAUCAGCUGGCUUCGAAAGAGCGUCCCGCGUACGGAGUGGUUUACUAACCCAACAACCGUGAACGCCUUCUACAGCUCCUCCACCAAUCAAAUCAGAUUCCCUGCUGGGGAGCUUCAGAAACCUUUCUUCUGGGGAAGAGAGUAUCCAAGAGCUUUAAGUUACGGUGCCAUCGGCGUGAUAGUCGGACACGAGUUAACGCACGGCUUUGACAAUAACGGUCGUAAGUACGACAGCAACGGGAACCUUGACCAGUGGUGGAGCAACGCGUCUGUAACGGCCUUCAACGAGAAGACCCAGUGUAUGAUUGACCAGUACAACAGCUACCACUGGGAGGAGGCAAGCCUGAAUGUGCGGGGAAAGAGGACUCUGGCAGAAAACAUAGCAGACAAUGGAGGAAUCAGGGAGGCUUUUCGGGCGUACAGGCGGUGGGUAGAUGAGAGCAGAGGUGGCGUGGAGGAGCCUCGGCUGCCUGGAGUCGGACUGAGCAACAACCAACUUUUCUUCCUGAGCUACGCACAUGUGAGAUGUAACUCAUACAGACCAGAAGCAGCCAGGGACCAGAUCCAGAGUGGAGCUCACAGUCCACCAAAAUACAGAGUCAACGGGGCGAUGAGUAACUACGAGGUGUUCCGUAAACUGUUCAGCUGUCCCGAGACGUCGGUCAUGAACCGAGGUGCGCAGUCCUGCCGCGUGUGGUGACCUCUGACCUCAGCUUGACCCGACGAAACCGGAC